AUGCAUUUCGAAUCCUUGAAUACCGACUUCAUUUAUGACUUAACACACAUAAUUCAACAAAAUGAAGCUGGUACGCGUCUAGAAAAGUUUGUUUGUAAAAAUUUCAGAUCUGUAAUUAUUUCCAAGACACUUUGCAGGGAAUGCUUUAAACGAGGCGAGAUCUUUGUUAAUGGAAAGGCCGCUGAAAGUUCACGCGUACUCCGUAAAGGAGAUAUAAUACGUUUACGAAUUAAUAAACUCGCUUUGGAAAGAGAUAGGUUAAAAGUUCCUGUUGUAUUAAUUCUAGAAGAUGAAUAUAUAGCUAUCAUUUGUAAGAAAGCAGGUGUACCUAUGCGGGACUUACAAGAAAGUUUGGCGUUCGUUUUGGAUGGUGGGAGAGGACUUGUUAAAAAAGGAAAAGAAUAUACUUGCAUCAAUAAAAUACAAAGAGCAGUCAAUGGUUUGAUUAUUGUCUCCAAGAGUAACGAGAUAAAAACUAAACUUACGACCUUACUUAAAAAUGGUGUCAUCAGACAACAGUAUCGAAUUCUUUGUCAUGGUAAAUUUCCUUCUUCGGAUGACAAGUCUUUUUUUCAUAAACACGCGCCACCUUUCGCAUUACAACAUGUAGACUUCACUCGUAGUACAUCUGGUGAAGAAAAGUAUCUCACAACAUUGGACGUAGUUUUGGAUAAUUCAUCUACAAUUUCAAGCGCUGGUAUUCGAGAAUAUUUUGUUCAAGUAUGUCAUCCUAUCGUUGGUUCUAAUUCUUGUUCCAAGGAAUUAAAAUCGUACAAAGAUAAAAGUAUAAUGAUGGCUUUAUUGGAAGUUGUUUUCAGUCAUCCUAUAACUGGUGAAGAAGUGAAAGUAACAAUUGAUGAACCAGAAAAGUUCGAGACGGUACGACAACGCGAACUAAAAUUUUUUGAGCAAAAGAAAAGAUGUAUUAUUGAAGAGUUACAACGACAUGGAAUUGAAAUAACUGAUAAUUCUGAUUCAGAUAGUUUACUAAUGAAGCCAGUGGCAUAUAUUACUGGAGAAAAGGAAUUUUUUGAAUUGAGGUUUUUUGUUAACCAGGAUACAAUGAUUCCUAGAAAAUCAACGGAAUAUCUAGUACGCGCAGUCAUAGACAUAUAUUUUAGUAAGCUGGAUUCCGGAUUCUGGAAAGAUCAAAAAGACGGCUUUAAUACGUUUUCGAUAUUAGAUUGUGGAACAGGAUCAGGAUGUAUACUUAUUUCGGUGUUACAUUAUAUUUUAUCUCGGAAGCUUGAAAUUACGGAAACUUUGCCUUAUCUCUUUGGAUUAGGAUUAGAUAUUAAUUCGGCUGCUCUCGAUAUUGCACGUAAAAAUGUGGAAAGACACUUGAAUCCUUUUAUUUCCAACAAUAAUAAAUGUGAUUUUCAAAAUGUUGAUUUCUCAAACCUUCACAACUAUGAACCAUUAUUUAAUAUGUGUUUUGAUGUUCUUGUAUGUAAUCCACCAUAUCUUGAUGUUGAUAGGCCACUUACAAAUGAUGAUCCACGUAAUCUCGAGCCUUCUAAUGCACUUUUUGCUGAAGAAGGUGGAUAUAAAUUUUAUCGUUUGUUAUACAAAUCCUUAGAACAUGCAUAUAUAAAUAAACUUAAUAUUUUGCAGCAAGAUGGUUUAAUAAUUUUAGAAAUAGGAAGUAAAAUGGCAGAAAAGGUCAAAGAAAUUUUCGCUGGGUGGAAAUGUGAUAAAGUUAUCAAGGAUCAUCAAGGAUUGGAAAGGUGUUUGUUAUUUUCCCGCAAACCAG